AUGUCGUCGUCGUCGUCGUCGUCGUUAUCAUCUUCUAAAACUCGGAGGAGGAGAGGUGCGAACGCUGUCUUAGCAAAAGGAGGCGAAGGCCAAAUUGUGGUGAUUGGAGCGAACGGGAAAACGGGGAAACGGUGCGUGAAAUACGCGGCCGAGAACGGGUGGGACGUCGUCGCGGCAACUCGGAACGGGAGUUUUCCAUCUCUGACUUCGGAUAUUAAAGAAGAGGCGAGAGGGAGAGUGACGACGAAGCAGUGUUCGGUGACGUCGUCCAUGGCGGAGAUUACGAACGCCAUCGACGGCGCGGAAUCGGUGAUUUUCGCGGCGAGUUCGAGUAAAGACGGGGGAUCGCCUCAAGAAAUCGACAGAGAUGGGUGCAUAAAAGUGGCCAGAGCAUGUUUGAGUUCGAAAUCUGUGAAGAGAUACGUCGUCGUGACGUCGGGCGCGGUGAGUAAACCGUACUCUCCGGUGUACAUAUUCUUGAACUUGUUCGGAGGUAUCAUGCGUGCAAAAAUCGAAGGCGAAGACGCGGUGCGCGCCUUGUAUUACGAACGAGAGGACGACUUUUAUACGAUUGUCAGACCGGGUGGAUUGACUGAAGAUCCGCCGAGAGGAGUGUCGGCGUGCGAAUUGAACCAAGGCGAUGAUGUAAGCGGGCGCGUUUCGAGAGAAGACGUCGCGGCGGUGUGUGUCGAGUGUUUAAAAAGAGACGACGCGAAAAACGCGACGUUUGAACUCUAUUACAGAGAUACGGGAAAACCGAUGGCGGAAGUAUUCGCGUCGAACGCGAAUAAAGAAACGGACGGCGAGCGGCAGAUGGGGCCGAGAGGAAGAAGAGGCGAGACCUGGGACGAGUUAUUCGCCGGUCUGGAAGCGGACGCGCCAGGCAUUCCGCAAAAAGGCGAAGGUUUUUCUCUCUAA